AUGAGUAGCUACCAGUGGGUAGUUCGGCCAAAUCAACCCAGGCGUGUGAGGACACCAUUCCUUGUGACGCAGUGCAAGCGCACUGCAAGAGAGAAUGACAAGGCCACCUGGGCGGAGGGCUUUGAUCAUCUGGAACGAUAUAUGAAACACAUGGUGGCACAGCACCCGUGGCGCCAUCCGCAAUACGGCAUUAUUGCCGUCGGCAGAUAUGUCGAAUUCUACAAGUGGGACGCGGCCGAAUCUGUCCCGGUGCUCUACGCCGGCAGGUAUGACAUAUUGGGCUAUUCUGCCACCAUUCAUGAGCGCCUCAUGGACAUCAGGGAGGAGCGCCUCGCUGGGCGGUAG